AUGUCUGUUGGGCCAUCCCGAGGUUUCAAGGGUGGCGAAGUCUGUCGCACUUGGAAGGCCGGGACGUGCACAAGAGGCGCCAAAUGUCGCUUUCUGCACAGUAUCGAAGAACAUCUUGAAGGUGUUGAUCCCCAACAAGUUGAAACAGAAGAAAAGUUGGCCGUGGAGGCUCGUGCAACCGAGAUUGCCAAAGCUCGUGCAGCUGAGAUCAAAGCUCGUGCAGCCGAGAUUGCCAGAGCUCGAGCAGCCGAGAUUGCCAGAGCCCAAGCAGCUGAGAUCAAAGCUCGUGCAGCCGAGAUCGCCAGAGCCCAAGCAGCUGAGGCCAAAGCUCGUGCAGCCGAGAUCGCCAAAGCCCAAGCAGCUGAGGCCAAAGCUCGUGCAGCCGAGAUUGCCAGAGCUCGAGCAGCCGAGAUUGCCAAAGAAGCCGCUGCGAAGACAGUUCAGAGCGUUGUGCUUGGGUCCAUCGUAACCUUCAGCGCAGGCCUUGAUUUGUCUCACCUAAUCACCGGAUUUGAGUGCUGUACCUUGCGUAUUGCAAAUCUGCCUCCCAAUGUGCGGGAAGAUGAAAUCAAUACGCUGUUCACGGACCGCGGCCUUGAUCGAGGGCGCUUCCAUCUUGUCAACGUCAAGCCCAUGCCAAGUGGUGGAAAGCUUAGUGCUGAAAUCAUCACAGACGCUGAGUCCGGGAAAGCACUCUCGCUUGACCUCGGUGGCCUCGAGUUUAGGGACGAAGUUCUGACUCUCGAAGUAUCAGGCUACAACAGUCCCGGAAGUAUGUCUGCGGCAACUGAACGUGACAGCAAUGUCCUUACGAUAUCCUGGCGUGUCCCGUCCGUGCGCUAUGUUGCAGAGUACCCUGUCACGGUAAAUGCUGCUGCGAAAGCGCAGGAACUUAACCGCCAGAUGUGCUCUGGGCGCCGGGUCAAAGUUGAAGUCAACACCAUGCCACCUGGCCAUUUCGUACCAACAUUCCACGACAACUCGGUCAAGAUUAGUUUUCUUCCCCCAACUGUCUCUGACGAAGAAGUUAAAACAUUUUGUGGUUCGGAUGUUGUCAGGCAGUUGAAGGGGAAGGGUGAAAUUUUUAACGAAGACGUCAGUCAUAUUACUACCACAUUACGGGAUGAUAUCGACUGCGUCUCUCCUGGAACCCUGAAGUCGCUGGAACCGCUGCUGCCGACUCCAAACAUCGAUGGUAUCGUUCUGGUCCGUGCGCGGUUUUCUUCUUGGGAGGACGCGAACGUGGUGCAUACCCGUCUCCUUAACCAUCGCAUCGGGAACGUGUCCUUCUGGCUCCGGCUCCCGAAUCCCACACAGUACUCGAUUACUAUCUCCACUGAGCAGUUCCGCGCACAAAAGUCUUUGUGGGAUGCCUUGAUUGGUAGCAUCAAAGACAAGCGUGUAUGUAUGCUGCACAUUCACGAGCAGGGUGCCGUUGUCCGGAUGCGUUUGUCUGGCUCCAAAAAAGAGGCUAUUGGCGCGCUCAAAGUUAGAGUGGAAAGCCUGAUCGCAGGUGAGAAGGUGGAAGGGUGGCACAUGACACUCGGACACCCAAACAACAUUUUUUUGCGUUCGGUUUUCGACAACACAGGGGCACUCGUACGUGCAGAUUGGAGACGACAGGUUUUGAAAGUUUAUGGGGAGUCAAAAGCUGUUGAACAGGCUCGUGAGUCGAUCAAGGACAAGCUGGAGCAGCUCUCGUCCCUCGAGUAUACCAAAGUACUCGCGAAACAUUCCGUUCGAUUUUUCCUCGCACGUGGAAUCCCAGAACUGAAGGAAACUUUUGGGGAAGACAACGUCAAAUUCGUUAUAUCUACACGGAGAAUCACAAUUUCUGGUGGCGAGGAAGCUCGACAUGCCCUCGAGCGCUUGAUCCAAGGUUCGCUCAGUGGACCACAGAUCUUCCCAGACCCGUCAGGACAGCAGUCCUGCCCGAUCUGCUAUGACAAUGUAUCUUCCCCGCUUCGUCUUGGCUGUGGGCACAUCUACUGUGCUCCUUGCAUGCGUCAUUUCUUAACAUCCGCUUUGGAUUCCGGUCAGUUUCCACUCACGUGCAUGGGUGAUGAAACCCAGUGUAAAGUCCCCAUUCCUAUACCCACUAUUCAACAAUUCCUCCCUCAAACUUCCUUCAACCGCCUGCUGGAAGUAGUAUUCAACGCGCAUAUAUCUCGACAUCCGCAGGAAUUCAAAUAUUGCAAGACACCGGACUGCAAUCAGAUCUACCGCUCCACCGACCCCAACACUACGGUUGUAGGCCAGUGCCCUUCGUGUUUCUCAAAUAUAUGUACAUCCUGCCAUGAUGAUGUCCAUGACGGCAUGAACUGUGCCGAAAACAAGCGACAGACUGGACGCGUUGCUGAGGAGCGAGAAACAGAGGCAUGGCUGGCAGCUCAUGACGGGCGCGUGAAAAAAUGCCCAACCUGUCAAGCACUGAUCGAGAAAGUGGAUGGCUGCAAUCAUAUGACUUGCACACUGUGCAAGAGCCAUAUUUGCUGGCGAUGCAUGGGUGUCUUUCCCGCCACUACUAUCUAUGCGCACAUGAACAGCGCACAUGGCACGAUCUACGAUGCGAAUCCCGUUGACGAGCCUGUCAAUGUACGCGAACAGCACUGGCUGUUCGGAUUGGCAGCACAGCAACGUCAGCAGCAGGAAGAGCUGCGCGACAGGCGGGCCGAGCAGGUGCGAAUCGAAGAGCGGCAAAGGAGGGAGGACGAGGACGCGAUGUUAAUAUUCAGAAGAGAAGCAGUAAGACGCGAGGCAGCAAGACUAGAAGAUGCGAGGCGAGUAGAGGCAAGGAGAGACGAAGCGAGACAACGUGCUGCUUUCCAAGACCAUUACGGUCAAAGGCUCGUGGAAGAGAGAGCGAGAACCCGAGCGCAGCAAGAGGAACGACCGGGCUGGGGUUGUAAUAUCAUGUAA